GAAACAAAAAACUAAUCUCCUCAAUUGCACAAACAAUCUCUGAUAAUGUAUAAAAACAAUGAAAAUACAACUAAAAGGCGUUAAAAAACUAAAAACAACUUGAAUCGAUUUUUCUACUACAACUUUUUUCCCAAGUUAAAAGGAGAAACUUACUUCAUUGAGCAUAUACAAGGAUAAUAACUUUAUAAAACGAAAUAGUUUCCUUUUAACGUUCUAACAACUAAAAAUUCUAAAGAUAAACGUCGUUCCGUUUAUAAAUCUGAUUAUCUUGACAUACGUUUAAAACAUUCUAUGAUGAGUGAUGAAGAGUCAGAAAUAAAUAAUGAAAUCGAGAAUGAAGAACAGGUUGAGUCGAAGGAACAAGAGAAUGAUAUUAAUAAUGAUGAUGAUGAAUACGAUUAUGAUUUAAUUGUCUUGGGAGGUGGUUCAGGCGGUUUGGCUUGUGCCAAAGAAGCUGUAGCAAAUGGCGCUAAAGUAGCUUGUUUAGAUUAUGUAACACCCACACCACUCGGUACCAAAUGGGGUAUUGGUGGUACUUGCGUAAAUGUGGGUUGUAUACCCAAGAAAUUAAUGCAUCAAGCUUCACUUCUAGGAGAAGCUGUUCAUGAAGCUGCUGCUUAUGGUUGGGAAAUUCCUAAUAAAGAAAACAUUAAAGCCGAUUGGGGUAAAUUGGUGCAGGCUGUACAAAAUCACAUUAAAUCUGUCAACUGGGUGACACGUGUUGAUUUGCGUGACAAGAAAGUUGAGUAUAUCAAUGGCUUGGGUUCUUUAAAGGAUCAAUACACCGUUGUGGCUAAAAUGAAGAACAAUACUGAACGUACUUUGACUGGUCGUAAUAUUGUUAUAGCUGUUGGUGGCCGUCCUCGUUAUCCUGAUAUUCCUGGAGCUGUAGAAUAUGGUAUUACCAGUGAUGAUCUUUUCAGUUUAGACAGAGCUCCUGGCAAAACUUUAGUUGUGGGUGCUGGCUAUAUUGGUUUAGAAUGCGCUGGUUUCCUUAAGGGUUUAGGUUAUGAUGCCACCGUUAUGGUGCGUUCUAUUGUUUUGCGUGGUUUUGAUCAACAAAUGGCCAAUAUUGUAGCCGAUUCUAUGGUUGAACGUGGUAUUCCUUUCUUACAUAAAACCAUUCCCAAAUCUGUAGAGAAAACACCUGAAGGUCGUCUUUUGGUAAAAUACAUUAAUACCGAGACUCAAGAGGAGGGCAGUGAUGUUUAUGACACCGUUUUAUGGGCUAUUGGUCGCAAGGGUUUGGUUGAUGAUCUCAAUCUUGCUGCGGCUGGUGUUGAAGUUAAGAACGAUAAAAUUCCCGUCAACGAGGCCGAACAAACAAAUGUUCCCAAUAUUUAUGCUAUUGGUGAUAUUAUUCUUAAUCGUCCUGAAUUGACACCGGUUGCCAUACACGCUGGUCGCCUAUUGGCUCGUCGUUUGUUUGGCAAUUCAAAACAGAUUAUGGAUUACUCAGAUGUGGCUACCACUGUAUUUUCUCCUCUAGAAUAUGCCUGUGUGGGUAUGGCUGAGGAGGAUGCUAUUAAGAAAUAUGGUGAAGAUAAUAUUGAAGUAUUCCAUGGUUUCUACAAGCCAACAGAGUUCUUUAUUCCCCAAAAGAGUGUGCGUUAUUGUUAUGUUAAGGCUGUGGCUGAACGUAGUGGUGACCAAAAGGUUUUGGGUCUACAUUAUGUAGGUCCUGUAGCUGGUGAGGUUAUUCAAGGUUUCGCCGCUGCUGUUAAAUCUGGUCUUACCAUGAAAAUCUUAUUGAAUACUGUUGGUAUUCAUCCCACUACCGCUGAAGAAUUUACUCGUCUUGCUAUUACAAAACGUUCCGGUUUAGAUCCCACUCCCGCUUCUUGCUGCAGUUAAACACUAUUCUCUUUGUUAUCUACGCUAUUUCUUAAAUACAUCCUACAAUAUCAACACCAACACGCUUUCGUAUUCAAAAAAAUAUCCCGCUUUUUGUGUCUUUUGUAUUAGUUUUUCUCUUUUCAUUUCACAAAAGUUGUUACCAGUAGAACUGGCUUCAUGUCAUCAUUAUUAACCUCCACAAAUAUAAAUUAUAGAUCUUUUUUAAUUUAUUUUUUUAGCAAAAAUUCUUUUGUUUUGCCUCAAAAUUAUUUUUUGAAAAUAAUUUUGUUUGGUUUAUCAAACUUAUAAAACUAAUAAAAGCGUAAUCAUCAAUUGUAGAAUGCUUGUUUUUUUGUAAACAAACUCAAUUUGUAAUACAAAAUUUAUAAACAAAUAAAAAAGAAACACCACAUUUACUUUAAUAAAGUUUAUAAAAUUAUAUAUAA